AUGGAGCCCUCCAGAGCGCUCCUCGGCUGCCAGGCGGGCGCCGCAGGGCCCGGGCCCGGGCCGGCCGGGGAGGAGGAGGAGGAGGAGGACGACGACGAGGAGGAGGAAGAGGAGGACGAGGAGGAGGAGGGGGAGGACGGCGGGGAGGAGCGGGCGCUGUGGACGGCCGUGUUGGAGUACGAGGCUGCGGGAGGCUCGGCGCUGGAGGCGCUGGCCCAGCACCCGGCGCGGGGCUCCGGCGACCAGGGCUGGUGGACGGGCCCGCUGCCCCGCAGGCUGCCCCUCUUUCCCACCCACUACGGGACCCCCGCCGCCGCCGCCGCCGCCGCCGCCGCCGCCGCCGAGGGCCUGGCCCCGCACAACGACGUCCACCUGUUAGAGAUUGAUUUCGCGGAGCUGACUCUGGAAGAGAUCAUCGGCAUCGGGGGCUUUGGGAAAGUGUACCGCGCCUUCUGGGUCGGGGAGGAGGUGGCUGUGAAAGCGGCCCGCCACGACCCUGACGAGGACCUCCGCCAGACCAUUGAGAACGUCCGCCAGGAGGCCAAGCUGUUCGCCAUGCUGAAGCACCCCAACAUCAUCGCCCUGAGGGGAGUGUGCCUCAAGGAGCCCAACCUCUGCCUGGUCAUGGAAUUUGCCCGGGGGGGCUCACUGAACCGCGUCUUGUCCGGGAAGAGGAUCCCGCCCAACAUCCUGGUCAACUGGGCCGUGCAGAUCGCCAGGGGCAUGAACUACCUGCACGAAAAGGCUGUCGUUCCCAUCAUCCACCGGGACCUCAAGUCCAGCAACAUCCUCAUCCUGGAGAAGGUGGACAGCAGCCACCUGGGCAACAAGACACUGAAGAUCACGGACUUCGGCCUGGCCCGGGAGUGGCACAAGACCACCAAGAUGAGUGCGGCGGGCACCUACGCCUGGAUGGCCCCAGAAGUCAUCCGCUCCUCCAUGUUCUCCAAGGGCAGUGACGUCUGGAGCUAUGGGGUGCUCCUGUGGGAGCUGCUAACUGGAGAGGUCCCUUUCCGAGGCAUCGACGGGCUGGCGGUGGCCUACGGAGUGGCCAUGAACAAGCUAGCCCUCCCCAUCCCUUCCACAUGCCCCCAGCCCUUUGCCCAACUCAUGGAAGAUUGCUGGAAGGCUGACCCCCACUCUAGGCCAUCUUUUACCAGUAUCCUGGACCGGCUGACCACCAUAGAGGAGUCCGGCUUCUUCGAGAUGCCCAAGGAUUCCUUCCACUGUCUGCAGGAUGACUGGAAACACGAGGUGCAGGAGAUGUUUGACCAACUCAGGGCCAAAGAAAAGGAGCUGCGCACGUGGGAAGAGGAGCUGAGCGAGGCGGCACUGCAGCAGAAGCUGCAGGAGGAAGAGUUGCAACGGCGGGAGCAGGAGCUGGCCGAGCGCGAGAUCCACGUCCUGGAGCGCGAGCUGCAUGUCUUCAUCCACCAGCUCGCCCACCACCAGCCCCCCGUCCACAAGCGCAAGGGUCACUUCGCCAAGAGCCGCCUCAAACUCAAGGACGGAAACCGCAUCAGCCUCCCCUCGGAUUUCCAGCACAAGUUCACGGUGCAGGCCUCCCCCACGCUGGACAAGAGGAAGAGUCUCCCCGACGGGUCCAGCCCCCCCGUGAGCCCCACCGUCCUCCCCCGGCUCCGAGCCAUCCAACUGACCCCUGGGGAGAGCAGCAAAACCUGGGGCCAGAGUUCAGUGGUCCCCAAGGAGGAUGGCAAGGAGGAGGAGAAGAGGGGUCCCAAGAAGAAAGGUCGCACAUGGGGACCAAGCACGCUCUGUCAGAAGGAAAUCACCGCCGCCAAUGAGAGCCCGAAGUCCCUGGUGGAUGGGACCAAGCACUGGGCCUCUAGUGCCCCCAACCUGGGCAAGAGUCCGAGGAUGCCACCAAUCCUCCCUGGCUUUACCAGUUUAACGGAGAUGGAGGACGAGGCCGGGGAGGAUCGACCGUACCCUUCACCCAGCCAGGCCUACCUCUGCCUCCCAUCCCCCCGGGGUGAGGACGGGGCUGCCCCCCCGGCCGACGGGGCCCCCGAAGAGCCCACCCCGGUCAACUCGGCUAGCAGCACCCCGCAGCUGACCCCCACCAAUAGCCUGAAGCGGGGCGGGGGACCCCAGUGGCGGCGGUGCGGGGCUGCUGUGGUGGGCUGUGGGGCCGUCUUGGCCGCCCCUGGCCUAGGCCUCGACCUGCUGGAGGCAGGCAGGUGCCAACUCCCACCCACCGAGGAACCCAGCCCGCUCCCACGCGAGGACAGAAAGAAGCGUGAGGGCCUGUUCCAGCGGGCAGCCCGGCCCCGCAGGCUCUUCGGGAAGGAGGAAGCGGGGGGCCUAGCUGCCGGGGACCCCUCCCCACCCCUGCUCUCGCCGGCCUCCCUCUCUGAGUGCAACUCCACGCGCUCCCUGCUGCGCUCGGACAGUGACGACGCCCUGGCCGAAGAGCCAGCCCCAGCCGCCCCCCGUGCCCCCCGCCCGGCCCACCCGCUGGUCAACGUCCGCGUGGAGCGAUUCAAGCGGGACCCCCGCCAGUCCCUGACCCCCACCCACGUCACCCUCUCGUCCCCUGCCCCACCCAGGGGCCACCACCGGCGGACCCCUUCAGAUGGGGCCCUCAAGUCGCCGGCCCUGGCCAACGGGAGUCCUUCCGCCAGUGGGCCGGGAGCCGGCUCGGCGGCCACCCCCAGCCCUGCUCGGGACCCCUCCGAAGUGCCCCGCCUCCCGGACCCCAACCUGGUGUUCCCCCCAACCCCGCGACGCUGGACCUCGCCCCCGGACCCGACGCUGGAGAGGCCCAAGACUCUGGAGUUCGCACCCCGGCCCCGGCCCUCAGCCCACCGCCAGCGGCUCGACCCUUGGUGGUCCGCCUCCCCGGGCCCCGGCCCCGGCCUCGCCCACAGCACCUCCCCAGCCCCCCUCUCCUCCACAGGGACCCCCGGCCCUGGGGACCCCUGCCUCGCCAGCAGUGGCGGAGGCAGCGGGGGUCUUCCUGCCCUGCUCCGCCUGCAGCCCGGGGGGCUGGUCCCCCCGGCGCGGACCCUCCUGGACCUGGAUGCCGAGGGGCAGAGCCAGGAUGGCACCGUCCCCCUGUGCCGGGCUGCGCUAGACCCCCACCUCCCACCCCCCUUCGAGCUGCAGCGGGAGUUCUGGUCGUAGCCGCCCAGGGGGCCUGGGCGGGGAUCCCCCACACCCCUCAG